CUUCUGGACCCCCAGUUAAAUUUUUGUUGGAAUUUUUCUGGACAUAUGGGAUCUGGCAGUGUAUCCUAAGGAAUUUUUGGGAAAAAUGUUUUUUAGUGUAUUUGAUAAUCCCCAAAUUAGGUUAAAAGUCUUUCCCAGUCACCGUGGUUUUGAAAAAAUAUAUUUUUGGUGCUAGUAGGCCAGGCUGUGGGUUGAGAGCUUGCACUGCGGUGCCAGAGUGCUUGGGUUCUACCUAGAAUAGGGAGCUUGGACAAGUCCCUGAGUACCUCGUGUGGAAAGCAAAGCCCAGGGACACCCGGCUGCCUCCAGAUAACUGUAUAGCACUUCUUCUGUGAACUUUAUCAAGGGUAAAGUAAAACUCAUCAUAUAAUUUCCUUACCAGAAUAUUAAAGGAUGUUUGUUCCAAGAUCUCUAAAAAUCAAGAGGAAUGCUAAUGAUGAUACCCAAGGUUGUACGGCUAAGAAAAUCAAACCAGAAGCAGACGACCUUCAGCCGAAUGAAGGCCGAGAUGAUACAGUUGAUGCUUUAGUUACAAAAGAAAUGGCCACAGCAGACACGCACAGUGCGGAACCCGGCCCCUUCCCCAGUCCAGCCGGCCAGCUGGCUGAGGUUUGUUUGGUCGGAUCUGAGCAGGGUGCAGAGGAUCGCAGACUUCUUGAAGAGCCUGUUAAGUCAUUUUCCAAAACGCAGCGCUGGGCAGAACCUGGGGAGCCCGUCUGUGUCGUCUGUGGUCGUUACGGGGAGUACAUCUGUGAUAAGACAGAUGAAGAUGUGUGUAGCUUGGAGUGCAAAGCAAAACAUCUUCUCCAAGUCAAGGAAAAGGAGGAGAAACUAAAACUCAGCAAUCCACAGCAAGCUGAUUCCGAGCUGGAUUCAGCACUUAAUUCCUAUGUGUAUAAAGAGCACCCUUUCAUUUCGGGCCUUCAGGAAGACCAGAUUGAAAAUCUCAAGCAGCAGCUGGGAAUUGCAGUGGAAGGGCAGCGCGUCCCCAGGCCCAUUAUUGACUUCGAGCACUGCGGGUUCCCUGAGGCCUUAAAUCGCAACUUGAAGGAAUCAGGCUAUGAAGUUCCAACCCCCAUUCAGAUGCAAAUGAUCCCCGUGGGGCUUCUGGGAAGGGACAUCCUGGCCAGUGCCGACACCGGCUCAGGGAAAACGGCCGCUUUUCUCCUUCCGGUGGUCACGCGAGCUUUCCUCGAGAGCAAAACUCCAUCUGCGCUCAUUCUGACACCCGCGAGGGAGCUGGCCAUUCAGAUAGAGAGACAGGCCAAGGAACUGCUGAGCGGCCUGCCGCGCACGAAGACGGCCCUGCUCAUAGGCGGCCUGCCCCUGCCGCCCCAGCUGUACCGUCUGCGGCAACACGUGAAGGUUAUCAUAGCAACUCCUGGGCGACUCCUGGAUAUAAUUAAACAGAACUCUGUAGAACUCUGUGGUAUAAAAAUUGUAGUAAUAGAUGAAGUAGAUACCAUGUUAAAGAUGGGCUUUCAACAGCAAGUACUGGACAUUUUGGAAAAGGUGCCUAAUGACUGCCAGACCAUUCUGGUCUCAGCCACAAUCCCAGAUGGCACAGAACAGCUAGCCAGCCGGCUUCUGCAGAACCCCGUGAGAAUCCUCAUCGGAGAGAAGGGCCUGCCCUGCCCCAGCGUGCGCCAGAUCAUCCUGUGGGUGGAAGAGCCGGCCAAAAAGAAGAAAUUAUUUGAGAUCUUAAACGAUAAGAAACUCUUCAGGCCACCAGUGUUAGUAUUUGUGGACCACAAACUAGGAGCAGAUCUGCUGAGCGAGGCCGUUCAGAAAAUCACAGGUCUCAACAGCACGUCCAUACAUUCAGAGAAGCCUCAGAUAGAAAGGAAAAACACACUGAAGGGCUUACUCGAAGGAGACUAUGACGUCGUGGUGAGCACUGGCGUCCUGGGGCGAGGCCUGGACUUGGUCAGCGUCAAGCUGGUCGUCAAUUUCGAUAUGCCUUCGAGUAUGGAUGAGUACGUGCACCAGGUUGGAAGAGCGGGCAGACUAGGUCAGAAUGGAACAGCGAUUACGUUCAUCAAUAACAAUUCAAAAAGACUCUUCUGGGAUAUCGCAAAAAGAGUGAAACCCACAGGCUCCCUCCUCCCCCCGCAGUUACUGAACUCCCCGUACCUGCAGGAACAGAAGAGAAGGGAGCGGCAGAGAGCCAAGCAGGCGCAGAACCGCCUGGUCACGGGGGCUGAUCUGAUGGACCUCAUUAGAAAACAUGAUAAAAGUCACUCUCAAAAAUGACUCACUUAGGCCACUUCAAAUAGUUUUUGAUUGUGUAUUGUCAGUGAGAUUCUGUAUAUUAUUCCUGUAUUAUUUGAGUGAACAGAACAUGUACAAGAAACAAAAAUUAACGUGAUUUGAAAAUUUUUAAUAGAAUAUCAAAUUUAUACAGCAACAUAGUAUUUAUUUCCCCCUGUAAUUCUCAUAAAUUAAAAACAGUAUGAGAAAGUGAAUCGCUAAAUAAAUACAGUUUUAUUAAAUUAAA